AUGGUGGGAUUGGCUAUAAUGGUUUUCCAAGAGGUUGCUCGGAUGACAGACUUCCUUGGGCCAAGAUAUGUUUGUCACGCUGAAGUCAAUGCCAUACUAAACACAAACCACGCAUCUGCGGCUGGACAGAAGCUUUACGUGACAAUGUACCCUUGCAACGAGUGUGCCAAGAUUAUUAUACAGUCUGGUGUUACCGAGGUAAUCUAUUUUGUGGAAAAGAGACUAAAUGACUCAGAUAUCGCCUACGUAGCUUCUCACAAGCUCUUAGCCAUGGCCAACAUCAAAGUUAGGAAACAUCAACCAGAGAUGGAUCAGAUCUUGAUCAAGUUUGAAGAAGACUUGCUCUGA